AUGUCGGCUCGGUCCUCUCAGUCCCAGACCAGGAGUCGUGGCAAUGACCCGAGGAACGCACAUGGCCUGCGUUUGCGGCCUGUUUCCGAGCUUCCUGACAUGUACAGGUGCAUAUUCAAGUUUGGAGUCUUUAACGCCGUGCAGUCUAAAUGCUAUCAAACGGUACGGAGUAAAUUAGCGUUUGUGCUUGACGUACUGACCGGUCGCGAAGAUAAUGGAAAGUCACGAAAAUCUAGUGAGCUUGUUCUCGCCCUUCUUGAAGUGAAUUAUAUAAAACGUCUGAUCGCAGCCCCUACGGGAGGCGGCAAGACUGUGCUCUUCGAACUGGGCUUAAUCAAUUUACUGAUAACGUCUGGUCAUCAAGCCAACACUAAGUGUAUAUACGUAGCACCAACAAAGGCUCUGUGUUCUGAACGCACGAGAGACUGGACUGCAAAAUUCGAACCUCUCGGCAUCAAAUGUUGCGAAAUGACCGGAGAUACGCUUCAAAUGGGCAAAAGUGCAUGGUCGAUGGCGAGAAAUGCAAAGAUAAUCGAGAAGUGGGACAGUCUUACUCGGGGCUGGCACGAUCAUGGCGAUUUUCUUUCUGCAGUCAAACUGUUCCUGGUAGACGAAGUUCACGUCCUAAAUGAAUCACGAGGUAGUACUCUCGAAGUGGUAAUAUCACGCAUGAAGGCACGAUGCCACAAUAUCCGUUUCAUUCUUGUUUCCGCGACUGUGCCAAACAUACAGGAUGUUGCGAACUGGAUAGGGAACCCGUCCAUUGAUCUCAAUGCGCCGGCUACGGUCUUUGAGUUCGGAGAAGAAUACCGUCCAUGUAGGAUCACACGUCACGUGUACGGAUAUCCUCGAAAGAACCAGAACGACUUCCAGUUCGCGCGGACUCUUGACUACAAGCUUUAUUCCGUCAUCGGGAAGCAUGCAUGCGGAAAGCCAAUCUUAAUCUUCUGUAGUACUAGGAAAGGUGUCAUGUCGACGGCAGAACAGCUUCUCAAAGAAUACGACGAAGCGGUCGCCAAACGGGAAGAUACUCCAUGGAAUCCUCCGAAGCACAUAACUCUUCUCAUUCUGCUACAUGAGGCUGAGAUGUUUGAUAUAGAGCUCGCAAAGUCGGGAGUGGGCGUACACCAUGCUGGACUUAGUCUCGAUGAUAGACGAGCGACUGAGGAACUCUAUCUCGACGGAUCGCUGAGGGUGGUUUGUGCUACUUCGACUCUUGCAGUUGGCAUUAACCUCCCGGCGCACACCGUGGUUAUCAAAGGCGUAAAGCUUUAUGUGACCAAUGGGUGGCGGGAGUAUUCUGAUCUGGAUGUCGUUCAGAUGAUCGGGCGGGCGGGUCGUCCCCAAUUCGACAAGGAAGGGGUGGCAAUCAUACUUUGUGAGCAGGAACUUGAGAACAAGUACCGAAAUCUUGCGCAGGGCAGAACAAUCCUUGAGAGCUCGCUUCAUGAGAACUUGCUCGAACAUGUCAACUCUGAGAUUGGUAUUGGUGCUAUCAACAAUGUUCAGAGUGCGAAAGACUGGCUUCGAGGUUCAUUCCUGCGGCAGCGCGUUCAAAAGAACCCCGGGCAUUAUCAUAUCGGCAAAACCGCCAGCCAGACGUGGGAGGAGAAACUGGACGAUAUGGUUGUGCAAGCAGUGAAAAAAUUAGAGACGAACGAGCUCAUCUCUACAGGUGGUGGUGGAAUAAAUGCUGAGUUGAGGGUGACGGAGUACGGAGACAUUAUGAGCAAGUAUUACAUACGUCAGGUUACGAUGCAAAAUAUUCUCAAGCUGUCGGAUCGCCCGAGCGUUCGAGAAAUCGUAAGCUUGCUUGUUUGUCAUGGAGACACUCUGCUUGAGCUUAUCAGCUGUGCCGAUGAGUCAGUACAAAAAAGAGCCAGCUUAUUCCAGUGCUUCUAUGGAACUGAUACUCUAACGAUAGACUUGGUUUACAAUAAAAUGCGGGACCAUUCCGACAUCCGAUACAAGAUAAAGAAAGUCGAAAAGGCAUCCGAUAAAUCCUUCAUUCUCAUACAAGCUGUGUUAGGCGGCAUUUCUCUCAGUGCACCAGAGUACAAAACUUCGGAUAGCCAACCUGUCCUUGAUGCGCUGUCGGUCUUCCGCCAUGCCGCACGCAUAGGACGAGUUGUAGUUGAAGUCGGGAUUAUCAAGAAGAACGGCGCUCAAGUCAAACACGGGCUAGAGUUAGUACGAUGCUUGACUGCCAAAGCUUGGGAGGAUAGGCCCGUGGUUCUCAAGCAGAUCGAGUCUAUUGGCGAGAAAUCGUGCACGCAUGUCAACAAGGUCCUCGCCGAGAGCGGCAUCACUUCGCUGCAAGCCUUGAGGAAGCAAGAGUCGUCUCGAAUCGAAUUGCUCUUGAACCGUCGUCCACCUUAUGGGCUCGAAGUCCUGCAGUUCGUACACGACAUGCCGCAAUAUGCCGUGUCCAUCGCUGUCGCAAAAAAUGGAGUUACCUCUUACUCGGGGAGGAAGCCGGUAUCCGUUGAGCUUAAUAUUGAAUGCCAUCUAGUCCAAGCACUGUCCGGAAGGACGAAGUCAAGACAGAAAUCACGCUUCCUAGGCAUGACCACUAUAUUGACUACAACGUCGGAUCUGGACCUUGUCGAUUUUAGGCGUAUUUCAACGAAGGCUCUCAAGGACUCUCGGUCCUUCACCGUCACCGCGCAGUUGACAAAGCCGAGUCAAAGCGUUUGCGUACUUGUUAGCUCUGAAAGUUUCGCGGGGCUCUCUGUUAGCCAGACAUACAAGCCUUCAGUUCCAGUGAAGGAGUAUCCGAUUUUGGACACCCAUCCAAAGACCUCCACCGAAAUGUUCUUGGAAGAGUGUGAACAGGAUCCUGAUUUUUGGGACAAGAUGAAUAGUGAUGGAGAAAGUGCGAGAGGCACAGAUGCAAGUCGCCCAUCAAGUAUGUUAAAGUUCAUUCUCACCACAGUAGGAAUCUCGAAGACUGAUAUUACAUACAGCAGCGCAAAGCAGAAGACCUCUUGA